AGGCUGCAGGCCUAAAUAUCCUUUUGGAUUGGAGCAGGAGGCACCGGGCGACACUCCCUCACAUUGUGCUGAGAGACAUCAAUUAAUUACGCAGGGAAGCUGCUCGGUCUGAGGAGGGCUGCUACUGCUGGAGGUGGAAGUGCUGGUGGAGGUGGUGGAGGAGGGAAGACGCCAGCAUCAAUAUGGCGACAACUGCAGUUUCUCCCAGAUCAUUCGCGCCUCUGCAGUCCCGCGACGGCUCCACGGAUUCACUGUGACGCUUACGAGAUCUCCUACAUUGGAUGGUCAAAACCUAAAGACCACAUAGUUGCAGGAUGAAAACAUGGCUGCACCCCUUCUCGCACCGCCAGGACCUGACAGCUUCAAGAGAUUUAAUGCAGAAUCAUUGGCGGCCCUCGAGCAGCGCAUCAACGAGGAGAAGAAUAAGAAGCCGCCAAAGCAGGACAGCAGUUACCGUGACGACGAUGAUGAGAACAAGCCCAAGCCCAACAGUGACCUGGAGGCUGGCAAGAGCCUGCCCUACAUCUAUGGGGACAUCCCUAAGGGAAUGGUGGCGGUACCACUGGAGGAUCUGGACCCGUACUACCUGAAUUCUCAGAAAACAUUUAUAGUGCUAAAUAGGGGGAAGACAAUCUUCCGUUUCAGUGCCACACCUGCCUUGUACUUCAUAAGUCCUUUUAAUCCGGUUAGGCAAAUAGCUAUUAAAAUUUUGAUACAUUCUCUUUUCAGCAUGAUCAUUAUGUGUACUAUUUUGACCAACUGUAUAUUCAUGACCUUCAGUGAUCCUCCUGAGUGGUCAAAACAAGUAGAGUACACAUUCACAGGAAUUUAUACAUUUGAGUCUCUUGUAAAAAUCACGGCACGAGGAUUCUGUAUAGAUGGCUUUACGUUUCUUCGAGACCCAUGGAACUGGCUGGACUUCAUGGUCAUCUCCAUGGCAUAUAUAACAGAGUUUGUGGACCUGGGCAAUGUAUCUGCGCUGAGAACAUUCAGAGUUCUCCGAGCUUUGAAAACUAUCUCGGUCAUUCCAGGCCUGAAAACCAUCGUGGGUGCCCUCAUCCAGUCGGUCAAGAAGCUUUCUGAUGUGAUGAUCCUGACCGUCUUCUGCCUCAGUGUCUUUGCACUCAUCGGUCUGCAGCUCUUUAUGGGCAACCUGCGCCACAAGUGUGUCAUUUGGCCCAUCAACAUAACCGAAAGCUACCCGGUCAAUGGCAGCUUCGACUGGGAUGCGUACAUCAUGAACAACACAAAUUUCUACUUCCUGCCCGGCCAAAUAGAUGCUCUUCUCUGUGGGAACAGCUCAGACUCGGGCCGUUGCCCGGAGGGAUACACGUGUAUGAAAGCUGGAAGAAAUCCAAACUAUGGUUACACCAGCUUCGACAGCUUUGGAUGGGCCUUCCUGGCUCUUUUCCGCCUCAUGACACAAGACUUUUGGGAAAACCUCUACAUGCUGACAUUGAGGGCGGCAGGAAAGACCUACAUGAUCUUCUUUGUGUUGGUGAUCUUUGUGGGUUCUUUCUACUUGGUCAACCUGAUCCUGGCUGUGGUGGCCAUGGCCUAUGAAGAGCAGAACCAAGCCACCAUGGAGGAGGCCCAGCAGAAGGAGGAGGAGUUUAAGGCCAUGCUGGAGCAGCUGAAAAAACAACAGGAAGAAGCUCAAACUGCUGCCAUCGCAACCUCAGCCGGAACAGUAUCAGAGGAUGCAGUCGAGGAUGCCGUAGGAGGGCGGCUGUCAUGCAGCUCUUCUGAGAUGUCCAAGCUUAGCUCCAAGAGUGCCAAAGAGCGGCGCAACCGUAAAAAGAAGUGGCGACAAAAAGAGCAAGAGAAGGAGAAAGGCGAUAGUGAAAAGUUUGUCAAGUCCGAGUCGGAUGACGGCAGCAAGAGGAGCCGCUUCCGGUUUCCUGAUAACCGCCUGGGGCGAAAAUCUUCUAUUAUGAACCAGUCUCUCCUGAGCAUACCAGGCUCACCUUUCCUGUCCCGCCACAAUAGCAAAAGCAGCAUCUUCAGUUUCAAGGGGCGUGGAAAGGACGUGGGUUCAGAGAACGAAUUUGCGGAUGACGAACACAGCACGGUGGAGGAGUGCGAGGAGCGCCGGGGCUCCCUGUUCAGCCCAUACCGCCGCACCAGUUACAGUGGCUACCACGGGAAGCGGAACAGCACGGUGGAUUGCAACGGCGUGGUGUCCCUCAUCGGCCCUGGGCCUGGUGGACGACUUCUGCCUGAGCCCACUACUGAGGUUGAGGUGAAGAAGAAGCUGUCUGGCUCCCUGAUGGUGUCUGUGGACCAGCUCAAUACCUCCUUUGGGCGGAAAGAGCGGGCCAACAGUGUCAUGAGCGUCAUUACCAACACACUAGUGGAGGAACUGGAAGAGUCCCAGCGCAAGUGUCCACCCUGCUGGUAUAAAUUUUCAAACACAUUCCUGAUAUGGGAAUGCUCCCCCACGUGGCUGAAGAUUAAGGAGAUUGUCAAUCUGAUAGUCAUGGAUCCCUUUGUGGACUUGGCCAUCACCAUCUGCAUCGUCCUCAACACGCUCUUCAUGGCCAUGGAGCACUACCCUAUGACACCCGACUUCGAGGCCAUGCUCUCUGUGGGGAAUUUGGUGUUCACUGGGAUCUUUGCUGGGGAAAUGAUGUUCAAACUAGUGGCUAUGGAUCCCUAUUACUACUUUCAAGAAGCCUGGAAUUGUUUUGACGGCUUCAUCGUGACGCUGAGUUUAAUAGAGCUGGCUCUAGCUGACGUCGAAGGGCUGUCAGUCCUGCGGUCAUUCCGACUGCUGAGAGUGUUUAAACUGGCCAAGUCAUGGCCGACUCUCAACAUGCUGAUCAAGAUCAUUGGCAACUCUGUGGGCGCUUUAGGGAACUUGACUCUCGUGUUGGCCAUCAUUGUCUUCAUCUUUGCCGUGGUGGGCAUGCAGCUGUUUGGAAAGAGUUACAAAGAUUGUGUGUGCAAGAUCCAUGCUGAUUGUGAGCUGCCGCGCUGGCACAUGAACGACUUCUUCCACUCCUUUCUGAUUGUCUUCCGGGUGCUGUGCGGUGAGUGGAUUGAGACCAUGUGGGACUGCAUGGAAGUGGCUGGCCAGGGCAUGUGUCUCAUCGUCUUCAUGAUGGUCAUGGUCAUUGGCAACUUGGUGGUAUUGAACCUGUUUCUUGCUUUGCUGCUGAGCUCAUUCAGUGCAGACAACUUGGCUGCCACAGAUGACGACGGCGAGCUUAACAAUUUACAAAUUUCCGUCAUUCGCAUCAAAAAAGGCAUUGCGUGGAUCAAAGCCAAGGUGCGUCUGCUGGUGGCCAGCCUGCUGAGGAAACCACCCAUGGAGGAUGAGCAGAAACCUUUGGACGACAUGUAUGACAAGAAACUGAACUGUAUUGCUAACCACACCGGGGUGGACAUAAACCGAGAUCUGGACUAUGCAAAGAACGGCAAUGGCACGACCAGUGGCAUUGGCAGUAGUGUGGGCAAGUAUAUGAUCGAUGAAGACCACAUGUCAUUCAUCCACAACCCCAACUUGACCGUGUGCGUACCCAUUGCGGUUGGGGAGUCUGACUUUGAGAACCUUAAUACAGAGGACUUCAGCAGUGAAUCAGACAUUGAGAACAGCAAAGAGCUGGAUGACACCAGCUCGUCAGAGGGUAGCACCAUUGACAUCAAACCAGAUGUGGAGGAGGUGGUUGUGGUGGAGACAGUGGAAGAAUACAUGGAUCCCGAAGCAUGUUGGACAGAUGCAUGCGUGGCUAAGUACAAAUGCUGCGAAGUUGACAUCACCAUGGGCUGGGGGAAGAUCUGGUGGUAUCUCAGGAAAACAUCCUACCUGAUCGUGGAGCAUAACUGGUUUGAGACUCUCAUCAUCUUUAUGAUCCUCCUCAGCAGUGGAGCUCUGGCCUUUGAGGAUGUGUACAUUGAGCAAAGAAAAACCAUCCGGAUAAUACUGGAGUACGCAGACAGGGUUUUUACAUACAUCUUCAUCCUGGAGAUGCUGCUGAAAUGGGUUGCGUAUGGCUUUGUCAAAUACUUCACCAACGCUUGGUGUUGGCUGGACUUCUUCAUUGUGGACGUGUCUAUAGUCAGCCUUGUAGCUAAUGCGCUGGGCUACUCCGAUCUAGGGCCCAUUAAAUCACUCAGGACACUAAGGGCCUUGAGACCCCUCAGAGCCUUGUCACGUUUUGAAGGGAUGAGGGUGGUAGUCAACGCCUUGGUGGGAGCCAUCCCUUCCAUUAUGAAUGUCUUGCUGGUUUGCCUCAUCUUUUGGCUGAUUUUCAGUAUCAUGGGGGUCAACCUGUUUGCAGGAAAGUACUACUUCUGUUUCAACGAGACCUCCGAAGAGUACUUUCCUGUUGACGUGGUCAACAACAAGACCCAGUGCGAGGCCCUCAUUGAACAAAACUUUACGGAGGUUAGGUGGAAGAAUGUCAAAAUUAACUUUGACAAUGUAGGUGCCGGCUACCUGGCCUUGCUCCAAGUGGCCACAUUCAAAGGUUGGAUGGACAUUAUGUAUGCAGCUGUGGAUUCCAGAGAGGUGGGAGAUCAGCCAGACUAUGAAGUUAACAUCUACAUGUACAUCUACUUUGUGGUUUUCAUCAUCUUUGGCUCCUUCUUUACCCUGAAUCUCUUCAUUGGUGUUAUCAUUGACAACUUCAACCAGCAAAAGAAAAAGUUCGGAGGUCAGGAUAUCUUUAUGACAGAGGAGCAGAAGAAGUACUACAAUGCCAUGAAGAAACUGGGCUCCAAAAAGCCUCAGAAACCCAUCCCUCGACCACAGAACAAGAUACAAGGAAUGGUCUUUGACUUUGUCACACAGCAAGUCUUCGACAUCUCCAUUAUGAUCCUCAUUUGUCUCAACAUGGUCACCAUGAUGGUGGAAACGGACGACCAAUCAGAUGAAACAGAGAAUGUCCUCUACUGGGUCAACUUCAUCUUCAUUGUGGUCUUCACCACGGAAUUCUUGCUGAAGCUCUUUGCUCUUCGCCACUACUACUUCACCAAUGGAUGGAACAUCUUUGACGUGGUGGUGGUCAUCCUGUCUAUUGUUGGAAUGUUCCUGGCCGACCUUAUCGAGAAGUAUUUUGUAUCUCCAACGCUCUUCCGAGUGAUCCGCUUGGCUCGUAUCGGCCGUAUCCUGCGUCUUAUCAAAGGAGCAAAGGGCAUCCGAACGUUACUCUUUGCCCUGAUGAUGUCACUUCCUGCCCUGUUCAACAUUGGCCUCUUGCUCUUCCUGGUCAUGUUCAUCUUCUCCAUCUUCGGCAUGUCCAACUUUGGCUACGUGAAGCACGGUGCCGGCAUCGACGACCUGUACAACUUUGAGACCUUUGGCAACAGUAUGAUCAUCCUGUUCAUGAUCACCACUUCGGCCGGCUGGGACGGCUUGCUUCUGCCCAUCCUCAACUACCCGCCGGACUGCAAUCCCAACUUGGAGAACCCAGGCACCUCAGUCAAGGGCGACUGCGGUAACCCCUCAGUGGGGAUAUUCUUCUUUGUCAUGUACAUCAUCAUUUCCUUCCUGAUUGUGGUCAACAUGUACAUUGCCAUCAUCCUGGAGAACUUUAGCGUCGCCACAGAGGAGAGCGCUGAUCCACUGAGUGAGGAUGACUUUGAGACCUUUUACGAAAUCUGGGAGAAGUUUGAUCCCACUGCCUCUCAGUUCAUCACUUUCGCCAAGCUGUCCGACUUUGCUGAUGCACUGGAACACCCGCUUCGUGUCCCGAAGCCCAACACUAUCGAGCUGAUUGCCAUGGACCUGCCCAUGGUGAGCGGCGAUCGCAUCCACUGCCUGGACAUUCUGUUUGCCUUCACCAAGCGUGUGUUGGGCGACAGCGGUGAGUUGGACAUGCUGAGGCAGCAGAUGGAGGAGCGCUUUGUCGCGGCCAACCCCUCCAAGGUCUCCUAUGAGCCCAUCACCACCACGCUGCGCCGCAAACAGGAGGACGUCUCGGCCAGGAUCAUCCAGAAUGCCUAUCGCGCUCACCUCAUCCGCCGCGGCAUCAUUUUCAAGCGCCACAUGUUCACUAACAACAAGCUUGAGAAUGGCAGCACGAACCAGGAGAAGAAGGAGAGCACGCCAUCCACCGCCUCGCUCCCUUCGUAUGACAGCGUGACCAAACCAGACAAGGAGAAGCAGGACGACAACAAGGAGGCAUGGGCCAGGAAGGAGAAGGACAAAAACAAAAAAGAUGAGUGGGAAUCUAAGUGUUAGGCACCAUGAGACUCUUGAGCCCCACCGAAGUAGAAACAUUUGCAAGUAAUAAAAUCUGAGAAAAACACUGGGAAAAAAAUGUUUACAGACUCCUGAGGAAACACGGUUUCUUAUGUCAUCAAAGACAGCUGAACCAAACACAAUCAGUUUACUGUGGAACUUUGCUGCAUAAUGACCAAGCUCUUAGAGUGACUCACAACAGUGUGCUGGCCAUGACACACACGCACGCGUGCACACACACACGCACACACACACGCACACACAAACAGAUAUUUUUGGGGACCAACCUGCCAAGGCACACAACUCUUCUGGUGAACGAAUGAAAGAAUAGCAACGUCCCUGCCACAGCAGAGCAUGUCAAGUCCCUCUGCAAAGCUUCCAUGCGAGAACACGACUAGAACUGCAACAUCAGUAUAAAAGAAGAAGAAGGAGAAGAAAAAAAUCAACCACACAAGCGAACAAGCCAGCUAUUGGGCGAUGGAUGGAUGGAUGGAUGGAUGGAUGGAUGGAUGGAUGGAUGGAUGGAUGGAUGGAUGGAUGGAUGGAUGGAUGGAUGGAUGGAUGGAUGGAUGGAUGGAUGGAUGGAUGGAUGGAUGGAUGGAUGGAUGGGGAGCAGAAUACUGACAUUUUUGACUGUUUAUUUUGUUUAUCUUGUCUAUGCCUCGUUGCAACAUUACAUGAUUCAAGCAGCAAAAAAUAAGUAACAUCAAGCUCAUGUCACAAGCGCUUUCAUCUCGGUUAUGCUGACAUAAGGAAAAGACAUUCAGAUUUUGGUCUUGGUUUUGGGCUGCAGAAGACUUGCUCAGAUCAAUAAUAAUAAUUAUUGUGCUUGUUCAAUGCAUAGAAAUGACUUGCAUGAAGGCAUGUUUUGAUCAGGAAUCGUGCAUGAGUAAUCAUAGUCCACAAGACACUAAAUGCUAAUAACUCAGCAGAGGUUUCACAGUGUGACAUGGAGGCAACUGCCCACUGGAGCUGAUGAACCGGCUGUUUGGUAACGUAAAGGUUUUUUUUUUCUGCUCUGCAUUGAAAUGUCGGCGUCAAAGAGCCAGAAGUCGACCCUUAUGUUGAGGAUGCGGGGAUUGCAUCACUUUUGUCGUUGGGACAAUGUUGUAUGUCACAGAGUUUGCGGUGUUUUGAUCUGGGGUGCUCAAAGAAUAAUAGAGUAGCCCUACUACUGUUGUAGCCCUUGUAGACAGUAGAGGAAGAAGACGCGUUUGAUUUCCUCUUUUUGUAUUCGUGACGGAUAUGCAUUAGAGUUUCCCAGCCAAUGAGGCGUUAUGUAAUGUCACAUUUUUCUGACAAUUUGAAACCACGGUCUGGGAGAUUGUCUUUUCUCCACAAGGCUGGAGAAUGACGCAGCCCAUCACGUAGUGUGUGCGGGGUUUGCACAAAGCUAUCCCAAUUCCCAAGCACUAAGCCUUGUCAUGCCAAGCAUGAGUGGAAGGGGCAUAAAGGGCUUUUGGUUGCUAGAAUCCGUGGGCUAUGUCUGCGGUUGAUCCUCAACAACAGAAAUAACUGCCAUGUUUCUCUGUGUAUCAUUGGCACCAUCUUUUUUCACACACGCUUCCAAUGAGUCGGACAGAGGUGAUAAAAGCAAGACUUCCUUCUGAUGAACAUCAGAAGACCUCACAUAGAUGCAGCUACCGUGUGUGAGCAAUCAAAAGAGUUUUGUGGAGAAACGGAAGGCUUUGUAAAAUCCAGCUGCCUCUUGAGGUGUUCCUGCCAUUCCUUUUGUACGUGCCAAUCGACGGACCUAUUUCUACGCGGAUAACUUGCCCAGCGUCCAAUACCAUUUUGGUGUGUUCAACACUGCCGACCCCACCCCCCUACAAAAGGACACCCUUUUGUCUGUACCAUGAAACCAGGUCUGUUUACAGCAUGAUGUCUCCCAAUAGUUUGGCUGUUGCACACUGAAAACAAAUACAUUCCCAAUGAGAGAACCACUGGAGCGAGCUGCGCCAUCCAGCCGAACAGCGCUCAUCUCGGAUGGAACCGAUCCGAUUGACUCGCUCACCGCGCCAACCACAAACAGACAAAAAGACAAAAAAAAGAAGAUGAUGUACAGCGCAGGCGACAAUGUAAAUGGCACAAUCGCUGGAAAAGAAUGACUUUUGUGAGAGAAACUAUAAAUAUUGUAACAUACGAUUUUAUUUUAUCUGCAUGCUUUGUUGUGUUUUUGUAAAUAAGUAAUUUAUCACUGUUACUAUUACUAAUCACACAGAAAAGAAGAAACAUGACAAUAUAGAAUGGCCUACAGCUAUCCCUGUUGACACGUUUGUACCUUUAGAAUUUUUUGAGACACUUUUCACUUUUGGUGACUGGAUCAAGA